UACAUGAUCUGUCAGUUUUUUCGAUUUUACACACUUUCAAAUUACAAUAUUUUUCCCCAAACAAAACAUCUUAAAAUUCCAAGUAAGAAAAUGGGUAAAACCAUUUGGGUUAUACUCGCAUUGGUCGCUGCUAUCGUAUACAGUGAUUCCCAAAGCUUCUAUGACGAGAUGACCUGUGGAAAUUGCUCAAGUGUGAACGAUGAAUGUGAAGUAACGUCGACAGGAUGGAAUUGUGAAUACAAGUUUGAUACCAGAAAGUUGAUUGAAAAUGGUGAUUCUUCUGGCAUACCAAAAUCCCUAAGCAAUGCAUGCUUCCUGGCAUGGAAUUCUUUGAUUCUAGAGGCUCUUUAUGGACAUUGUUGCGUUUGGUCCCCGAAAAUUGGUUGUCAAAAAAUAAUGAAAAAGGAUGACGAAAACCUUUGUUAUCACUGCACCAGAGCCAUUUGGUUACCAGUUAUGGAAGGCUUAACGUCUUGUGGAAAUUGGUAUUUACAUGGUGAAAGUAGCGGAAUAAUGUUCAAACCAGGGAAAUUCCUUUUUAUAAACAGGAAUACUUUAUUAAUUUUAAAUUUAUAA